AAAUAAACAGGUGCGACACAGAUAGCGAAGCAUAUAUAGGCUUGGUGGGGAGUGGUGCCUAACAUUCAGCAGCUUACAGUAGCAGUGACUACUGCUAUUGUCCUUAGAACCUGUUACCAUAACCACUGCUGAGCGAGGAUGACUGACCCAGGGGUGCAGGCGAGCCUCCACAAGGACGUCACCACCACACUACCACGUAUCUACAAUUACUUCGCGGCCACCCGCUUCAGGGAGGUCAACCUCAUCGACCGUCUUUAUCCGGACAUCCGUUCCGUGGAGCUGUCACACUGGAGCGUCCCUGGGGGUGCCGGAGCAUGGCAAGACUGGACCUUCCAGGAGAUAGUGGCGCAGGAGUUCGCCCCCACCACUGUCGGGGAGAAGUUCGGCCCCACCUGGAGCACCCACUGGUUCAAGGUCACCUUCCAGGUCCCGGACGAGUGGGCGGGAGCUGAAGUGAGGCUUCGCUGGGGUUCCAACUCUGAGGCCGCCGUCUGGAGCCCUGAAGGUAGUAUUCUCCAGGGACUGUCUACAGGGGACGAGGACGCUCUCCGCACAGACUACACCAUAACACAGUCCUAUGAGGCCGGGUCGCCCCCCUACACCUUCUACGUGGAGAUGGCCGCCAACCGCAUUAUGGGGGCCUCCUCUGGCGACCUUAUAGACCCGCCUGACCCGGCGCUGUUCUUCACACUGAGCCGGGCUGAGAUCGCGCGCCUCGACACCCGGGUGUACAAGCUGACGCGAGACCUCGAAGUCCUUCACCAGCUGGCUCAACAGCUGAUCCCGGACCAGCGGGGGUAUCAGGCUCUCUACACAGCCAACCAGAUGGUUAAUUCCAUCACAGCUGGUGAUGACAGCGGGGCUAGCGAUCUAGCCGACCAAUACCUGGCCAAGGGUAACGGGGCGCGGGCCCACACCUUGGCCGCGAUAGGCAACUGUCACAUCGACUCGGCAUGGCUCUGGCCUUACUCUGAGACCAAGAGGAAGGUCGCUCGAAGCUUCUCCUCUCAGCUCAAACUCAUGGACGACUACCCAGAGUUCAUCUUCGUGGCUUCACAGGCCCAGCAGUGGGCGUGGUGCAAGCAGUACUAUCCCGAGUUGUUCGAGAGGGUGAAGGCGAGAGUGGCGGAGGGAAGGUUCCUGCCCGUGGGCAGCACCUGGGUGGAGAUGGAUGGCAACAUCCCCAGCGGCGAGUCCUUCGUCAGGCAGUUCCUCCACGGCCAGCGCUUCUACCAGCAGGAACUCGGCAUCACCUGUAAGGAGUUUUGGCUUCCUGAUACCUUCGGCUACUCUGCUCAGAUCCCAGCUCUCAUGAAGCACGUGGGGCUGACCAGGUUCCUCACCCAGAAGCUCAGCUGGAACACCGUCAACAAGUUCCCUCACCACAACUUCGUGUGGGAGGGUAUUGACGGCACGCCCGUCCUCGCUCACUUCCCUCCCGGUGAAUCCUACGGCAUGUCUGUCAAGGUGGAGGAGGCGGCGCACACCGUGGACAACUUGCAGGACAAGGGACGUGUCUCCAUCUCAGCAUUCCUCUUCGGCUACGGGGACGGGGGCGGCGGCCCCACCCAGGAUAUGCUGGAAAGGACACGCCGGCUCAAGGACACGGACGGCUGCCCCAAGAUGCAAAUGAUGACCCCGGACGAGUUCUUCGGCCAGUUGGAGAAAGAGCAGCACAACCUGUGCAGGUGGGUCGGCGAGCUCUUCCUGGAGCGCCACAACGGCACCUACACCACACAGGCGGCCAUGAAGAGGCUGUGUCGUCAAGCAGAGUUUCGUCUGAGAGAUGCCGAGUUCCUCCUGACGCAGGCCGUGGCGGUCCUGGGCAUCAGCACCACCUCUCUACUCCUGAAGCAGAGCCUGGAGACGCUGGAGGGGGCCUGGAAGAAGGUGAUGCUCAACCAGUUCCACGACGUCCUCCCAGGCUCGGGAAUUGCUCUCAUCUACCCGGAAGCGGAGAGGCUGUACCAGGAGGCCAUGGAGGCCGCCCUCGCCGUCUGGAACGCUGCCGCUGACGCCAUCUUCGGCAGUGACGGGGAGAAGACGCAGGUGGCCCUCAACACGCUGCAGUGGGCCCGGACGGAGGUGGUGAAGGUGGCGUCGUCGACGGCGCAGAAGGGGGCACAGCGAGCCGAGGACGGCCUCCAGUAUGCCCUGGUGGCGGCCCCGCCCAUGGGUAGUGCCCCUGCCCAAGCCAUCGUGCCCUCCACUCCAGUCACUGUAGAGGUGGUGGACGGGGUGGUGGUGGUGGACAACGGCCUCCUGAGGGCCGAGAUCAACUCCUGGGGUCAGGUCAUCAGCCUCGUGGUCGCUGGCGACGAUAGGGACGUCUUCAGGAAAGCGGACGGUACCCAGCUGGCGGGGAACCAGUUGGUGCUCUUUGACGACCAACCCAUCUACUGGGACGCUUGGGACGUUAUGGACUACCACCUGGAGACACCCACAGUUCUUAAUGUUGAGGGGUCAGGAUACGCAGUGACGCCAGUGACAGUGGUGGAGUCUGGUCCUGUGAUGGCGAGGCUUCGUUGGGGGAUCACCAUCAGUCCAAACUCCUCCCUCACCCAGGACAUUGAGCUUGCCGCCGCCUCCCCCUACCUCACCUGCAGUACCUCCGUCACCUGGGGCGAGAACAGAAAGUUCCUGAAAGCCGUCUUCGACACCAACAUUCGCGCGCAAAACGCCAGCUUCGACAUCCAGUUCGGUCACCUGCAGCGCCCCACACACGUCAACACAUCCUGGGACUCCGCCAGAUAUGAAGUCUGCGGACACAAAUGGGCGGAUCUGUCUGAGCCAGACUGGGGGAUGGCUCUCCUCAACGACAGCAAGUAUGGCUGGAUGGCUCGCGGCCACCAGCUCUCCCUCUCUCUGCUCCGCUCACCCAAGGCUCCGGAUGACACUGCAGACAUGCGCCACCAUACCUUCCAGUACGCCAUCCUGCCCCACACAGGAACGCUGCAGGAGGCUGAGGUGGUCAGGCGAGGGUACGAAUUCAACAACCCUCUGACUCUGCUCCAGGUGCCCCAGGACAGGGCGGAGUGGUCUGCGGUGAGCGUGGAGGGUACCGGGGCCGUGGUACACACCGUCAAGCCCGCCGAGGACGGUACAGGUGAUGUCAUCCUGCGCCUCUAUGAGAGCAACGGGGCGAAGACCAAGAUAACGCUGAAGUUGUGGUGGCGGGUGUCGUCAGUGGCGGAGUGUGACGGGCUGGAGGUGGGCGGGGCAGCCCUGCCCUUCACCCUGUCUGACGGAGUGACCACCAUUCCUCUCUCCCUGGCUCCCUUCACCAUUCGCGCCCUCAGGCUCUCCCUGCUGGCCUAGUCCUCAGGCUCUCCCUGCUGGCCUAGUGCUGGCCCCAGGGCCCUAGUCUGGUGCUAAAGAUAGGGCGGACCCACCACAUAAAAAAAUCACCGGACGACACUACUUAAUCCUUUUACAUUUGUAUUCUGAUUUAAAAUUAAAACACAAUGAACAUAGUUUUAAAAGAAGGGCAUACCUGCUAUUUUGUAUGUCAAAUCAGAACUCAAUAACAAAAUUUUACACUAGGCUAAUAAAUCUAUAUUAUAUUUAAAAUCAAACAUAUUAUGAAUUAUGUAUAUGUGUGUUAUUUACUUAUUUGUUAAUUUUAAACGUAAAAUAACAAGAAAAUGCAGCAAUGUGAAGAUGUAUGAAGCGACUACAACAGUCUCUGGUGUUGGCUUCAUUCUUGUAAAGUAAUUAAUCACUUCAUUAUAAUCGGUAACAACGGUGAGGGACGGUAGCCCCGGACGACCUGUCGUCUCCCACUGUAGACGGACGGCAGCACUGUGUGUUACCGUCUCCCACUGUAGACGGACGGCAGCACUGUGUGUUACCGUCUCCCACUGUAGACGGACGGCAGCACUGUGUGUUACCGUCUCCCACUGUAGACGGACGGCAGCACUGUGUGUUACCGUCUCCCAAUGUAGACGGACGGCAGCACUGUGUGUUACCGUCUCCCACUGUAGACGGACGGCUGCACUGUGUGUGUUACCGUCUCCCACUGUAGACGGACGGCAGCACUGUGUGUGUCUGUCUUCCACUGUAGACGGACGGCAGCACUGUGUGUGUUACCGUCUCCCACUGUAGACGGACGGCAGCACUGUGUGUUACCGUCUCCCACUGUAGACGGACGGCUGCACUGUGUGUGUUACCGUCUCCCACUGUAGACGGACGGCAGCACUGUGUGUUACCGUCUCCCACUGUAGACGGACGGCUGCACUGUGUGUGUUACCGUCUCCCACUGUAGACGGACGGCAGCACUGUGUGUGUCUGUCUCCCACUGUAGACGGACGGCAGCACUGUGUGUGUUACCGUCUCCCACUGUAGACGGACGGCAGCACUGUGUGUGUGUCCGUCAACAUCAAUUUGAUAUUCAAAAUUUUUUUUUCUCAAAUAUAAGAUAACAUUUUUUCCUACCAGAAGGUACUGAAUAGUUAUGCCAAACUUAGGUUAGAUAGUUAGGGUUUGUUGUCUGUUUUGCAUUUGCAGUUCGAGGAUGGAGCAUUGAGAGACGUGCGAUUCGAGCUGAGGACGUGAUCGAAGUACUGCUCGAGAAAAGUACAUGAGUCAUCCAGCCCGUCCUCAGACCAAAACCAUUACUAUGAGAAACCAUACCCCCCUCAAACCGAUGGUCUGAAAGUCUAUUACGUUUCAAGUAAUAAUUUACAUGUAAACUGGCAAAUGAAUCUUUCUCGUAAAGAGAUUAUUCAAAAGUUAUAACUUUAACUCUUACAACAAUGUAAGAACUCUUUUAUAUAUAAAUAAAUACAAAAUUUAAUGAUAUAAAACGUUAGUUUAAAAUAUAAAAGUGUAUGCUGAAAACUUUUUCUUUAAAGCAUUUUCUGUAAACGGGAUUUUCGGGUACACUGAAACAGUUUUCAAUUGCCAUAUUUCACAUUAUAGUCAAUAAUACAUAAUUUUAACGUAACGAAUCGUGAUGAAACUUAACCUAACUAAAUCUAGCCAUGGAUAGUAAGUAGAUAAUAGCACAAAUUAUGCAGUCAUUCUCAAUCCAUUCCCUUGAGGGGAUCUCCCUGAGUACAGGUUAUCAUCAGUCAGCACACCCUCAUCAACAAACGCCAAAUGCUCGUUAAUCCAUCCGCCAAACCACAUUCAUGAACGAUAAACGGUUUACACACGACUCACAACUGAUGACGUCCGAUCACUUCUCGAACUGUGCUUCACUGAUUACCCGCGCCACUGUAAUGCUUCACCCACGUACAGAUAAUAAUAAAUAAUCACCAGAAACCAAUAUAAUUUUUGUUAAGAUAUUUGGCAAAACAGAAACCAAAAAGCAACCGGUUUCCUGCUCCAGCGCCUCGGUGUCGCGGUCCAGGGGGAAAUACCUCAGGUGAAUUGUGUACACACUUCCCAAGAUGUUUUUGAACCUCUUGAUUCAAAGAGGUUCACAUAUCAAUGAUUUACAUGUAUUUUUAUGUGUGUGUGUGUGUAUUUUGUAAGGUGCAAAAAACUGUAAAAUUAAAAAAAAAUGGAGUGUUGAAGGAUAAAUUCAAGGGGGGGGGAGACCACAAGGUUUUGCCUGAAAACCUUCUCUUCUCUUCUCUGAGACUAUGGGUCCUUAUGACAUUAUGUUAUUAUAUAAUAACACGGUACAUGUUAUUAUAAUGUGGACACUGUCAGUGAAGCUACCUACUUAUGGCCAAAUGCUGAAAGUCAUUAUCGAAGCAGAUACAUUGUAUACACAAAUUAAUGAUUAAAAAAAUAAUAUUACAUUCAAAA